AUGGCGGAGCAAGGUGCAAACCUGGGGCUUGCCGCGCUCAGCGUGGCCUUCCUCUUUGGCAUCCUUGGACUGUUUGCCUUUUUCGCCUUGCGCGCGAAAACCGCUGCCGAAGAGGAGGAAAAGCAGGAAAAGCAGCAGCAAGCUGCCGGAGGUCAGAGGCGACGUGGUGGGCUGGAUCGCAUGCAGCGCGGUGCGGCACGUGCUGCUGGCGGUGGAGAAGCCGACGAAGAUGAACCGGAGAACCAGGCCGGCAACAAGAAAACGAAUGCCGCCAAAGAGCAAAAGAAGCAGGAGAAAAGAGCACAGCAGCAAGCAGAAAGAGAGGCCUAUCAACAGAAGCAGGACAAGAAAGCACAGUAUUCGCAGAAGCAGCAGGCCCGCGAGGCGGAGCGGUUGCGGCGAGAUGCGGAGGACGAGCAGGCCAGGAAAGAAAAAGAGAAACAGGAGAAGGAAGAACUCGACAAGUGGAAGGAGAUGUUUGCGGUGGAGUAUGAGGGCGAGGAUGAUGCUGCCACAGCUGGAGAGUCAGCGUUGGAGCAGUUCAUUGAGUAUGUCAAGCUUCGAAAAGUGGUGAACCUGGAGGACCUGGCUGCCGAAUUCCGCAUGAGGACUGUUACUGCCAUCCACCGGCUCGAAGAGCUCGAAAAGAUGGGUCGAUUAAGUGGAAUUUUCGACGACCGUGGCAAGUACAUCUACAUCACAGCAGAGGAAAUGGGUGAAGUUGCAGCCUGGCUCAAGCGCAAGGGCCGCGUAAACCGCGCAGAGUUGGUCGCCGGCUGCAACAAGCUCAUCCGACUUGAUCCCACGGCAGAGGACAAGGCGAAGCUCGAAGCAGAGGUGAGGAGGCAGCUUGAAAGUGCUUUGAUGGGCCAGCUGCACAGGGCCCAGCCAGCCGCCAUGAACGCCGCUUUGCGACGACGUCGCCCUUCGUGGUUGGCCGCAGUGGUCGCAGCCGUGCUGCUAAGCAGUUGGCAAGGUUUCUCUUUCCUCGGCUCAAUGCCCACGGGACAGCAGGCGCACAAGACGGCUCGGCAAGCCUCCGUGGUUGACAGCCUCAAGAACCCGGUCAAGACAGUGUCUGAGACUAUUGACGAGUUCUACAAGGGUUACCCGAAGCCGCCGGUGCUCCCGAUGUACAGGAGUUUCCUGGUUGAUUUCAUCACUCAAGUGCACCUGACCAUGGUGGACUCCCGUUUCAAGUACGACGCAAUCUUUGGACUUGGGAUGAGGCACUUCUACAGCGGGCUCAUGGGCAACUACGACAAGCUUGUCAUGAGUGAGGAGUCAGAGAAGAUUUGGAAGGCCUUGAACACCGCCAUGGGAAUGAAGCCGGACCAGGUCACUGCUGACGCAGAAGCUGUUGCCAAGUAUGCCAGCUCGACUUCGCCAGCUGAAAUCCUGCAGCACAUGGAGGGCACGGCCAAGCCUUCCGAUGCCAAGAUCGGCACUGCGUUCGAGCAGAUCCAGUCUUCGCUCUACAGCAUGACCUACAGCAUUGGCUUGUUCCGCAUCAUGGAACUGAGUGGCGUGGAGGUCAACAAGGCCAAUGCAGAGGAGUGGGCAAAGGCCCUGAAGAUUGAGCCUGCGUCCAAGGUCACUUCUGACCUUGAAACAUACAAGCAGAAUCAGGUGAAACUCCAGAAGGCCGAGGAAAUGAUUCGAGAGAUUGAGAUCCGAGAGAAGAAGAAGCUGGCCGAGAAGCUGGAGGAGAAGGCGAAAGCGCUGGCAGAGAAGGCAGCUGCGAAGACUUCGGGUGGCGAGGACAUAAUCACGCAGACCGCUUCUCGAUGA